UUUUUUUUUUUUUUUACACUAUUUAGCACAAUCUCUUAUGACAUUACAAAAAGAAUUGAGACAAACAUUCUUGAGCUGUCAUAAAAUAGGUCAAGUUACUUUACAUUUUAACAUUUUAGACUUGUAGUUAUCGAAUAAGAUUUUCAAGAUUUUCCGUUCACUAUUAUUUGGGUCUUGUUUCAAGAUUGUAUAAUCUCAUUCUGGCCACGUUUACGUAAGGAAACUAAAUUUUCAUGCAUGGCAAUGCUUGUCCAAAUGCUUGUCGUGAAAUAGUUAGUAAACAUUCUUUGGUAAGUCGUUACUUUAAUGCGCUACUUUUAAACUUUAUGUGGAGUUGCCAGUAAGCAUAACUUUUCAAACAUCCGCAGCAUAACUUUGGCUUUUAAUUUUAAAGAUAUAUGUUGUUUAUACUGUAUGCAGUAAUAGUUCACAACUGAGUGUACUUUAAUUGAUGCAUGCACUCGCUACAGUCUUAAUGAAAUAGUUUAUCUUUUUAAAUGAAACAAAUGGAUGGCGUGUAUUAACGUUGGUGGGAUAUAUUAAUUAAGAUGAUGAUCAUUUUUAAAAAAUUUAUUCAAGCUCUUGCCAACGAUCCAUUUUUAAAAAUCUUCACUAAAACGCAUAUAUUAAGUCAGACUCUUGUAUAGGCCUAACUAUUGCUGGCGUUAAGAAACAUUGCAAUUUCGACUUCACUACUAUAGUAUUACCCCCUGUUAUGCUUUUAUAUUUUUAUUUAAUAAAGCAUUGAGUAAGAACUUAUUAUUAUGUACAGAAUACAAAUAGCAAGUUCUUAUUAAGCAGUUAGGCCGACCUUAUGACUCCCAACGCAAAGGGAAUAGUAACGUCAUAACAUGAAUAUUUGUUGCCGUUGAUGGAUAUGAGGUUUGGAUGGCGGUUAAAACCCACGCCAAUGACUUAAGCUAGGUGGCACGGAGAAAGCCACUCCUAGGCAACCGUUUCGUUCCAGCUAUCCAUCCCGACCGAAAACUUCCUGGGCGGUGGGGGCUGGUAAAUCAACACCUUUCCUCAGGAGUGGAAGCAAACCCGCCCAAGCCACGGGAAACGCAGCGUUUUCGGUCGACCUGACGUCCCACAGGCCAGGAGGGAGGUUCCCGCCGUGCCACAGCGUGGUCUGGCGGUGGGGAAACCCGGCGUAUGGCCCGUGUGGGGGGGGGGUUGAUGCCCGGGGGGGGGGGGCAUUGGGAGCUCUCACUCGACGGACCACCGACAAAAUUUCCCAAUGAGACGUAUUAAGCAAUUUCACCAUGCCCGUCUUAGCGGCACACAGUAGGCCAACACUCUCACAGUCAUCAGAGCCGGUCAUGCACAACGGUAUCCCCGGUUGUCUAUUCGUAAGGUAUUUUCCACUUUAACACCUCCUUCAGUGGAGAAGCUCGAGUUUCUGAACGGUCACGACUUUACUUCACCUAAUUCACGAAAAAUGCAAUACAUAAAGAAUACAUAUAUAAAAUUUAAAUAAAGUAUUUGAAGCAAACCGAAAAUUUUGACCCCACCCCCCUUUUGCAGGAAGGCACCAUCCCCACUAGAGUGAACCACUCCCCCGGUGCUUACCAUCCCCCCGUGCGCACCAUCCCCACAGUGUGCACCAUCCCCACAGCGCGCACCAUCCCCCCCAGCGCGCACCGUCCCCCCAGCGCGCACCAUCCCCCAGUGCGCACCAUCCCCCUGGGAACACCAUUCUCACAGUGCGCACUAUCCCUACAGUGCGCACCAUCCCCCAGCGCGCAUCACCCCACUUGCCUGCACCUUCACUUUCGCCCCUUUUCAUUUACCCGUGCACCCCCUUUAAAAAUGUAUACGAUACAACCCAGCCAGCAGGCUCAUUCUAAUCAUGUAAUAUCCUUAUUGCAUUCUUUUCCAUCAAUCACUGACAUCUAUCAAUGUUUCUGUAACUUAUUCCCCAACAAACCAGCUCGCCAAAAUCACCUUCAGCAUGACCCCAUUACUGAUCCUCGCCGUCUUUGCCAUCGUCGCUCCCUUGACAACCACCCAGCUGUCCAUCCCCAGGGGCGAACUCGGUCUGGUCUACAACAAUGGACGCCCCUGCGCCUCGGUCAAGAUCGCCGCCUACGUCGACCUCACGUGCCCUUACUCGAAGCAAGCCUUCCCGACGCUCCUCCGGGUCGCGGACUCAUUCACGGAUUCCCAGGUCCAGCUGAGAUUCUACAUUUUCUCGCUUCCGUACCAUCGCAACAGUCACCUCAUCUCCAAGGCCACGCGCUAUCUGUCGGGACUGCCGUCCAACGCGACCGGCAACGCCACGAUCUUCGACUGGAUCCAAGUGGUGUAUCAGAACAUCGACUACCUGACGACCACAGGAACUGUGAAUAAAACGGAAGUCGAGGUUUUUAGUUAUCUGACGACCUUGGCACAGAGACUGUUUCCGGUCACACCCGAUCAGUUCAAACAAGGGGUAAGUAGGUCAAUUUUUGUUACAAUGUUAAGGAAUACCGUUGUAACAGUAACUGGCAUUCUAAAUAUAGUUAGAACAGUAACUGGCAUUCUAAAUACAGUUAGAACAGUAACUGGGUUUAAAUAUAGUUAGAACAGUAACUGAGAUUCUAAAUACAGUUAGAACAGUAACUGGGAUUCUAAAUACAGUUAGAACAGUAACUGGGAUCUAAAUAUAGUUAGAACAGUAACUGGCAUUCUAAAUACAGUUAGAACAGUAACUGAGAUUCUAAAUACAGUUAGAACAGUAACUGGGAUUCUAAAUACAGUUAGAACAGUAACUGGGAUUCUGGAUACAGUAAGAACAGUAACAGUGAUUAUGAUUGGGGAUUUGAGAGACUGCGAUCAUUACAAAAUCAGUCAUAAAGGAGGAACAUAGGAGAGUUUUGCAAACAAUCUGUCCCGCGUGUGCAAAAAAAAAAAAAAUUAAGUCAUCUAGGGAACUCAAAAGGGCAGUGCAAAAAUGGAAGUGACGAAGGGGUACCCGUCGGGGGCGGCAUCUUUUUGUGGUGCCAAAUCCGCCGUUUUCAUGGGAAAUAUCAAAAUAUACCUUUUCUUUUUUUGGAAAAGGUCAACUUUUGUAUUUCUCCUCAAGUACAGCUUUUGUUUCUAAAUAUGUAGAAAACACAAUAGUGAAAAUUAUUAAAAGCUGUUAAAAUGUCCCCAAACAGUGUGUAUAAUAAACCCAUGGUCUGUAGUAAGUGAUAAGAUAUCAUUUUUUUUCCUUUAGGGGAGAAUGAAUUUUUAAAACAUAAAAACCACACCAUUUUCCAUACAUAAUAUACAAACUCCUGCUGUUAUACCCCCUGUUUCUCGUUGAUCCAACCCUGUAUGUUAUACAUCAUUCAGCAUAGGCGUAGUCGUAGACCUAAUGGCACGAUUUUCUUUACCCCCGCAGACGUACGACUCUGACAUCGACGUAGCCACAAGACUCGAGUGGAAGUACGGCUGCACCAGGGGCGUCCACGGCACCCCAUCCUUUAGUGUUAACGACGUUUUUGUGGACGUGGACUCCACCUAUCCCGCAUCACAGUGGAUUUCUCUGAUCAAGACGCUGCUGCCCUCUGGGAACCAACAACGAAAUGGCUGCUGAAUUCCCGCAGCUGCAUACAGAACUAUAUUUAUUACGUACCAAUAUUUCAUUAAAAUAAAAAAAUAAAGCUUGCAACGCACAACACAAUGUUAUUUUCAUUUCAAAGAAAAUUAAAAUUUAAAACUUUACAGUAUUGGUGUCGUGAGAUUAUUAGAAAGAGAGAUUAUUAGAAAGUGUGGCCACAUGAAAAGAAACUCAGAGAACCACUUAUACAACCCAAGAUGUGCAGGAAUCUUAUUUUGAACAAGAAAUUAAGAAGAAAAAAU